GGUUUGUGAUAAAGAAUAGUAAGAGGUGGCCUCAGUCCUGGUGGUGGACAAAGUUCUUUAAUUUGCUCGCGCUACCAUUUCUUCUCCAGCUACUUAUAAUCUCCUCCUGCUCGAUCGCAUCGGCAGGCGGCAGCGUCGCGGCCAGCCGUAGCCGCCAUGGCCGAGCCCGGCAAGGUCGUCGUGCGGUGGCAGCGGUGGGCGUUCGCCAACCUGGGCUCCGUGUUCACCAACUUCGGCUCGCUGUGGCUCAUCCUGGCGCCGCUGGUGUCGCUGGUGGCCACCUACGCGCCGCGCCGCCUGUUCCACACCUACUUCAACCUCUUCCUCCGCCGCCGCUCGCGCCGGAUCCUCAACGUCGUCGACCCCUACGUCACCAUCGACGUCUCGGAGCCCGGCUCCGACGUGCGCUACUCCCGGUACGGCCCCGUCUCCGACUGCGACAGCACCUACGAGGAGGUCAAGGCGUACCUGAGCGGCGCGUGCUGGCAGGACGACGCGCGCGAGCUCCGCGCCGAGGGAGCCAGGGAGGGCGACGGCCUCGUCAUCAGCAUGCGCGACGGCCAGGACGUCGCCGACGAGUUCCGGGGCGUCCCGCUCUGGUGGUCCUCCGUGGUGGAGAAGGACGUGCAGGGGCAGCGGCAGGGGAAGCGACGCUUCCAGCGCCUCACCUUCCACCUGCGCCACCGACGGCUCGUCGUCGACGAGUACCUGCCCCACGUCCGCCGCCGGGGCCGCGAGAUCCUCUUCAGCAACCGCCGCCGCAGGCUCUACACCAACAGCAAGUCGCGCGACGUCUACUACGAAUACAAGUCAUGGAGCUACAUCGACUUCGAUCACCCGACGACGUUCGACACGCUGGCCAUGGAGCCGGCCAAGAAGAAGGAGAUCAUGGACGACCUCGACGCGUUCCGGAAGAACAGGGACUUCUACCGGCGCACCGGCAAGCCGUGGAAGCGCGGGUACCUCCUCUACGGCCCGCCGGGCACCGGCAAGUCCACCAUGGUCGCCGCCAUGGCCAACUACCUCGACUACGACAUCUACGACGUCGAGCUCACCGUGGUGAACACCAACACCGACCUCCGCAGGCUCCUGAUCGAGACCACCAGCAAGUCCAUCAUCGUCAUCGAGGACAUCGACUGCUCCCUCGACCUCACCGGCGACCGCGCCAAGCAGCGUCGGCGCCCCGGGCCGUCCACCAAGGCCGCCGCCGACGACGCGGACGACCGGCCCCGCAACGCGGUGACCCUGUCCGGCCUGCUCAACUUCAUCGACGGGCUGUGGUCGGCGUGCGGCUGCGAGCGGAUCGUCGUGUUCACCACCAACCACGUCGACAAGCUCGACCCGGCGCUGAUCCGGCGCGGCAGGAUGGACAUGCACAUCGAGAUGUCCUACUGCGGCUUCGAGGCCUUCCGGACCCUCGCCAAGAACUACCUGGGCAUCGACGAGCACGAGCUGUUCGGCUCCGUCGAGGAGGUGCUCCGGGAGGUGGAGCUCACGCCGGCCGACGUCGCCGAGUGCCUCAUGACGGCCAGGCGCGCCGGCGCCGGCGAGCCUUCCCCGUGCCUCGAGAUACUGGUCGACGAGCUGAAGAAGAGAGCGGAGGAGAAGGAGAAGGCGGAGGCGGAGGCCAGGGCCAAGGCUGAGGCAGAGGCGAAGGCGGCGGCAGAGGCGGAGGCGGAGGCGAACGCGGCCGAAAUGGCCCGUGGCAGCCCACGGUAAGAAGAGGACGCGUAGAAAAUCCGAGGAUGUGUGAGAAUUUUACGAAUAAUCCGGACCAAGGCUUUGCUAAACCUUGCUUAGGAAUUUCUUACCCUCCUCCUGAGUCCUGACUCUCGAUCGUUUUGGUACUGUAUUUACCUGAGGUUCGCAAUUAGGAACGCUGUGCGCAGGAGCCUAAACACCUGAACUGCGCUUACUUUGUAUGAUUUUUACACAUGUCUGUAUCUUUUAAAAUUAUGUUACAACUUACAAAUCAAAAUUUCGGUGUUGGCGUGUUA